AUGUCUAGAUCUGUUGGUGUGAGAACAGCCAUGUAUUUUGUGCUUGUUUUGACUGUUCUGAUCACGAUAGGUGGAAAUCUAGUUGUGAUCAUUUCUAUCUCACACUUCAAACAGCUUCACACACCAAAUAAUUUACUUGUCCUUUCACUGGCCACAGCAGACCUUCUCCUAGGGAUAUGUGUGCUUCCCUUUAGCAUGAUAAGAACAGUUGAAAACUGUUGGUAUAUGGGGCCUGUCUUUUAUCGUUAUUAUGCAGUGUGUGAUCCACUUCGCUAUGCAAGUAAAAUUAGCUUCAGAGUGGCUUGGCUAUUUAUUGCUCUUGGUUGGGUGUUGCCAGCUAUAUACAGUUUUGGAUUAAUUUACACCAAAUCCAAUGACAAAGGUCUAGAAGAUUUAGUUGCCAUAUUGUCAUGUAUAUAUGCACGCAUUUUCACUGUUGCUAAAAAGCAGGCAAGGAUGAUACAGAGUAUGGAAAGCAGAACACAUUCCAAAGAAGACAAAAAAAGCAGAGCCAAGCGUAGUAGAGAACAAAAAGCUGCUAAAACAUUAGGGAUAGUAAUGGGGGUCUUUCUUGUUUGCUGGGUACCUUACUUCACAGACACAAUGAUUGAUGUCUAUAUCAAUUUCACCACACCAUCAGUUGUAUUUGAUGGUUUAAUUUGGUUAGGUUACAUUAAUUCUACCUUUAAUCCACUGAUAUAUGCUUUCUUUUACCCAUGGUUUCGAAAGGCACUGAAGCUUAUUGUUACAUUCCAGAUAUUCUGCACUAACUCUUCAACAAUGCAACUGUACGCUGAAUAAUGUAUGUAUGUAUAUAUGGCUCAUUUAAGAUACUUACAUGAUUUUCAACAGGAAAACAGAUUGUAUAACCUGACAUAUCAAUUUAUUAAUGUGUGCCUAUUUUAAAAGUUGUAACUCAAAAUAUUUUAUAUGUGCCUUUUAAAUCUUUCACUUCCAGAGGGCUAAAUGAGGUCUGAAAAAAGAAACACCUUGUUACCUACAGUAGUUCUUAUUGUGUGUCCUUUUAAAAAGAUUGUUCACGUACCUUGGUAACA